GAGAGUGACGAACUGCCCUACAUUGCCUGCCAGGGACGAGCACGCGGCCACUCUACCACCCGGCUGCCCACGAUCACUCGUCCGCAGGAAUGUCAGCCGCCGGCGUCCGGGGCCUGCGGGCCACCUACCAUCGGGUCCUUGAUAAAGUGGAGCUCCUGCUGCCUGAGAAAUUGAGGCCAUUGUACAACCACCCGGCAGGUCCCAGAACAGUAUUUUUCUGGGCUCCAAUUAUGAAAUGGGGCCUGGUGUGUGCUGGAUUGGCUGACAUGGCCAGACCUGCAGAAAAACUCAGCACGGCUCAAUCUGCUGUUUUGAUGGCUACAGGCUUUAUUUGGUCAAGAUAUUCACUUGUAAUUAUUCCAAAAAACUGGAGUCUAUUUGCUGUUAAUUUCUUUGUUGGGACAGCAGGAGCCUCUCAGCUCUUUCGUAUUUGGAGAUAUAACCAAGAACUAAAAGCUAAAGCAAACAAAUAAGAGUUCCUGAUCACCCUGGCAAUCUAGAUGUGGACAUAACCACCGGGACCUAGUUUGAUUUAUUAUUUGGUUGUUGAUGAGGUGAUAC